UCUCUAUGUUGAUGACAUCGUCCUCACCGCCUCUUCACCAGCUCUCCUUCAGCGGACUAUUCAGGCUCUGUAGCAGGAGUUCAGCAUGAAGGAUCUCGGUGAGCUUCAUCAUUUUCUGGGGAUGCAUGUUCAGCGUUCUGGCUCCGGCCUUCUCCUCUCCCAGCGGCAGUACAUGUUGGACAUUCUGGAUCGUGCUGGUAUGGCUGACUGCAAGCCGUGCUCUACCCCAGUGGACACCAACCCCAAGCUGGCGGCUGAUGGUCCACCUGUUCAGGAUGCCUCAGAUUUCCGGAGUCUCGCCGGUGCUCUCCAGUACCUUACCUUCACCAGGCCGGAUAUCGCCUAUGCAGUUCAGCAAGUUUGCUUGCACAUGCAUGAUCCUCGCGAGCCACACCUUGCUGCCCUGAAGCGUAUCCUUCGCUAUGUCAAGGGGACUCUACACCUGGGGCUUCUUCUUCGUCCGUCUUCGCAGAGUGAGUUAACAGUAUACUCUGAUGCUGAUUGGGCAGGUUGUCCGGAUACACGCAAAUCCACAUCGGGUUAUGCGGUUUUUCUGGGGGACAACCUGGUUUCUUGGUCGUCGAAGCGACAGAAUACGUUCUCCAGAUCCAGUGCUGAAGCUGAGUAUCGUGCAGUGGCCAAUGGUGUCGCCGAAGCCACUUGGUUGCGUCAGCUUCUCCUUGAGCUCCAUGCUGCUCCUCAGCGCGCCUCGUUGGCCUAUUGUGACAACAUCAGCGCUGUCUACAUGUCCUCCAACCCUGUCCAGCAUCAACGCACCAAGCACAUUGAGAUCGAUCUUCACUUCGUGCGGGAGCGUGUUGCUGUUGGUGAUGUCCACGUCAUGCAUGUUCCUACUUCGUCACAGUACGCCGACAUCUUCACCAAGGGGCUUCUGUCUUCCGUGUUCACCGAGUUCAUGUCCAGUCUGAACGUUCGUGCUGCCGACGAUCAGACUGCGGGGGCGUGUUAGCGAGACAUGUAUAGCUAGGCCAUGGGCCUUUGGUUAGCCGGCCCUUGUGGCCUUUAGGGUUGGGGCGCCGCACUGUCCAGGUGCGCCCCCCCUAGUGUUGAUUAGGAUAGGCAAGGAUCCCCCUGAUCGGUUACUUCCAUAUACCGUGGCAUCCUUGCCUAUAUGUACUCAUACGUGCUUUGCACCCUAAUCAAUCUA